GGUGCGCUGUGUCCCUCGGACAGAGCGGAUCACCGAUCCACGGAAAGAGCCAAAGAUGUCAGCUCGGCCAUGUGAUCAUCUGUGUCCAAUCACAGCUGAUCACAUCAGCGCCACCUGUCAGUGUCCAUCAGUGCCAGCUCUCAGUGCUCAUCCAUGCCACCUGCCAGUGCCCAUCAGUGCCACAUCAAUGCCACAUAUCAGUGCCCAUCUGAGCUGCCUUUCAGUGUCACCCAUCAGUGUCAGUCAGUGCCACCUAUCAAUGCCAGUCAGUGCCACCUAUCAGUGCUGCCAAUCAGUGCCACCUAUCAGUGCCAGUCAGUGCUGCCUAUCAGUGCCAGUCAGUGAUGCCUAUCAAUGUGCAUCAGUACCGCCUAUCAGUGCCCAUCAGUGCUGUCUAUCAGUGCCGCCUAACAGUGCCAGUCAGUGCCACCUAACAGUG